GGCGAUUCGUUGUCCGAUGGAUCUAGAGGUGGUCGGCCGCCAUGCCCUCUUCUUCGACGACGACUCCCUGGCGGCAUUUGUCAACUCCGGCGAUGCGCUUGUCGAUUGGAACUCUCUCCAGAUUGAUCGUUACGAUGUUCGCCACCUUCUCUCCGCUCCUCCACCUUCCCGGCGUCGAUCUCACUCUUCUUCUUCGUAUAACCUCGUUGAUGCUUCAAUUCAGCUCGAGCUCGAUCAUGAACGUUACCUCGAUCUUCCUCUGCCUUCAGAUGAACCAGAUUUAGAAGAAGGUGAUGAGUCGGCAGAUGCUGUUGCCUAUCGUGCUGUGGGUUUCUCAUAUGGAAACACGGAUGAUUUUGCUGACAGGAAAAGUUCUGAGGUCCAGGAAAGCUCUGGCUUCCGUCCCUCCUUUCAAGUGCCUGAAAAUCUUCUUCAGUGCUUGAUGCUCGGAGCAGGGAUGGAGUUCCUUUGAUCUAAGGUUGCCACUCACAGGCACCUUGUUCCCUUUUGAUGCAUGACCAAGGGGCAGUGCAGCCACCAACGGAAAAAUUGCAUCAAAUAAUUGCAAGGACUGCUCUGUUUGUGAGCAAACAUGGUGGGCAGUCAGAAAUUGUUCUCAGGGUGAAGCAGGGAAACAAUCCAACAUUUGGGUUCUUAAUGCCUGACCAUGGUCUUCAUCCAUACUUUAGGUUUCUUGUUGAUCAUCCUGAACUUUUACAAUCUGAUAGUGAUUUGAAUGCUCAAAGUGAAGGAACGAAGACUUCUAAUGAGCACAAGGAACAUGACGGUGGUGGAGGUGCUUUAUCUAUGCUUGGUUCUGUUUAUGGGUUCGGGGAGGAUGAGGAGCCUGCAAAUGGGGAUGAUCCUGGAUCCAGAGUUUCCAGUGUACAAGUGGAGUCCUUGGAUACCUCUAACAUUUCCCGUCCACUUGAAAGGGCUGAAUCUAGUUCUAAGGCAUUUGAAAAUGGUGAGAAUGAAACAGAUGAGAAAGGUUCUACUCAUUCACUUCGUUCUAGUAAAGAUAAAGAAAAGGUUCCUUCACUGAAAAAGAAUAAUUUGGUUAGUGCUUCCAAGAGUGGUAGUAGAAGUAGCAUGCGGAAGGAAAGUGACUUUAGUUCUUCUGCUGCAGCAGAAAAGUCAAAGACAGACAUUUCUGGUCUAGGAGCAGUGUCCAAGACUGGACCGAUGGUGGAGCCUCCAUUUGAACUGAAGAGAUUGAUUGAUAAGAUAGUGGAGUUCAUUCUGAGGAAUGGGAAGCAGUUUGAGUCAACUCUUAUGGAACAGGACAGUAAACAUGGGAGAUUCCCAUUUCUCCUUCCGUCCAACCAAUAUCAUCCUUACUAUAUAAAAGUACUCCAGAAAGCUCAAGAGUCAAAAGUCCAUGGAUCAGAAAAGAGAUCUUCUUUGAAGGAAAAUGAUUCUACCUCUUUAAGGUCUGCGGAGUAUGAUCUGCCAUAUGUAUUUGAUAAGAAAGAGAAGUUUAAGAUGGUGAUUGGCAAAUCCAAGAAGGAAACACAAGACUCUCUGACUAGAACUUCAGAGCAAGAGGCUGGGGUGAAUGUGGAUGCUGCUGCCGCCGCCGCUAUCCUUCAGGCAGCCACUAGAGGUAUUAAGAAUCCCAAUUUGAGUAUCAUCUCAGGCUCAUCUAAGAACGGCGAUAGUCAGGGUCAGAGCAGUGAGGGUGCCCAAACCUCGAUCUUCCUCAAUGUCCCGCCAUCUGGGCCCAGUAUAGUUGGUCAGAAGUCUGACAGGAGGAUGGGACAUAGUGUUUCGAUUCCAAAGGUGAAGGAAAUUGCAAAGUCUGCUGCUGCGGAAGCUGCAAGUGAAGCAGACUCCUCUGAAGCACACUUGAGCAAAGAGCAGAAGCUAAAAGCAGAGAGGCUGAGAAGGGCAAAGAUGUUUGUUUCCCUGUUAAAAGGUGGUGGAGCAGCUCCUGCCAAAAGAGAUUCACUCGGAGGGUCAGUGGAGCCACAAGGAUCUGCCUUAUCAGGUUCUGUUACAGAGGUUAAUGUUGCUACUAAAGAAAGAGAAGGCAGUGCAGCUCUGGCAGAAUUGACUGCUGUGGAGAGAGAAGGCAGUACUGCCCCAUUAGAUAACAACAAUGUGUCGAAUGAAAAUGAGAAAUCUGAAAUGCAACAUACUGCUGAAGAGCAUGAGCGGCGAUCGAGAAGGAAAUACAGGUCAAGAUCUGGUGGUAUACAUGAAGAUGAGGAUGAAGAAGAGGAGGGACAGGAGGAGGAGCAGCAGCGUUCCAGGAAGAAGCGCCGCUCUUCAAGAAAAGAUGAAGACGAAGAAAGUGAAAAGAUGAGGGAUGAUAAGCGAUCCAGAAAAAAGAGGCGAUCACGCCGUCAUAGACACAAAGAUGGUGAAAAUGCAGGUGAGGAUGAAGAUGAUGAAGAUAAUAGGCGAUCAAGAAAGAAGCACCACAAACGACAUUCAUCCCCUGAAAAUGAUGAUGAGCAAAGAGAUGCAGAGAGACAUCACAAGCAUGGAAGGAAAAAGCAUUCAAGUCAUCGGUCUUCACGUGAAAAUAGGAAAGAUGAUGAUGAGGGGGGUUAUAAGCAUUCCAAGAAGAAACAUAGAUCUCAUAGAACCUCCCACCGCAGUAGAGACGGACAUGAACACAAGACAAAGGAUUCUAGUGAUGAUGAGUCUGAUAGAUCUCAUAGAACUUCCCAUAGGAGUAAAGAUAGACACAAACACAGGACUAAACAUUCUAGCGACAAUGAACCUGAACGCAGACAUAAGCAUGCAAGCUCUACUGAUGAUGAAGAGCAGCAGUAUGACAUGGGUGGUAAGAAUGAGAAAUGUACCAAAGAAAGAGAAGAACUGGAAGAAGGUGAGAUCCUUACCAAAGUGUCAGAUCAAUCAAGAGGAAGUUUGGGAGGUUCUGUCAGCAGAGAAGCUUCAGUCGACGUAUCUAGUUCCCAGCAAAGAGCCCCAUCUCAGCCGUCCGAAUCAACUGAGAUAUCAGAUGAUCUUAGGGCCAAAAUUCGCGCAAUGUUAAUGGCGACUAGGACGUAGUUGAGUAACUGCCAAUAUUGGUACAUUAACUGAGAAUCCUUUGCUGUGUAAAGCCCAUGUUGAAUCUUGAUUUACUGUUAGAUAAUUCUGAUUUUCAUCCUCCUAUUUAA